AUGAUAUUUAGUGACCAGCAACGUCUACUGCAAGGAGCGAGCAAUAAUUUAAUAAAAGAGAUGGAGCAAAAUGAUGAAGAAAAAUUUAGGAACUACUUUCGGAUGGACUUUGUCGUUUUUAGGAAACUAUUUGAUUUAGUGAGGCCAUUGAUAACGAAGAACAGUAAUGUCAGAAAAGCAAUCUCAGCUGAAACACGUUUGCACAUAACUGUGCGGUACCUCGCUUCCGGAGAUAGCAUGGCAUCCAUCUCGUAUGCUUUUCGCGUUGCUCACAAUACUGUGUCAAAAAUAAUUAAAGAAACGUGUGAUGCAAUUUGGUCAGUUUUAAAGGAAAAAGUAUUUAUGAAGGAUACCCCGGAGAGUUGGCAAAAAAUUGCCCAAGAUUUUGAUGACGUGUGGAAUUUCCCAAACUGCAUUGGCUGUGUCGACGGCAAGCAUGUAGAAAUACAG